CAACUGCCUCUCCUCCACCUCUUUCACUCUCCCCCUUUCUCUUCUCCUCUCCUCAUCCAUCGUACUUGCUGCUUGCUCUGAAUCAUCACUCCCAGUCUGUCAAGAUGAGUGCAUUGUAGCUGUCGCCCUCCUUACGGUUGGCGACUCGGUUUCAGUUUCGGUUUUUCUUGGACUCGAUCGUAUCGAAGAUAGACUCUAGAAGAUAAACAUAGAAGAUAGACGGCCCCUAGACGACUGUCUCGACUACCGGGCGACUAGAAGACAUAGAAGUUCGACAUAGACUUAGAGAACAUAUUUCCAGCAUAGACGAUACACAUACUUCUCCAUCGCAACUAAUUCGACUGCAAGUAACAUAAUGGCCACCACGGCGACACUCACACUCUCCUCGCCUUCCAGCUCGCUUCCCCCGCUGAAGCAGCUUCAGAAACACACUCCCGCUCUUCUGGCACUGUCCAUUCGUGCCUUAGCACAACUGUACCACCCAGGCUCUACCGCGUCCGCCCCAUCAAAGUUCGUCGAUUCUGGGUAUUCCUCUGCUCCCAACCCUGCCAAGACUUCGGAUGCGCGGGAGAGCGAGGUGGAUGAAGAGUGGGAGCGGCUUAGAGCGGAUAGUUUUGAGCGGGAAUGGGCUAUGCGCUGGCUUCUUGAGCUCAUCUCCCGCGGGGAGGAUUGGGCGGAGAGCUGCGGUGAGGGGGAAGAAGGGGUCAAGGUGAAGGAGGACAAAGAGCGCGUGCUGGAGGAUGCGGCUGCCCUGCUUGCGGCGUGUUCCAAGACGUCGGAGGCGGGCACUCUCAGGAGGGAAUACUCCUUUCCUGUCGACGAUGGUCGGUGUAUCAAACUUAGCACGAGGGACGAGGCGUAUGCAGGGGACGACCAUACUGCUGUGGGCGUGCAGACUUGGGCGAGCAGUACGAUCCUCGCUGAGAUGUUUGCGCGCUCCCCGGCAGAGUACGGGUUUCCUUUCGGCUGUUCUGCAGCUGCUGCUACUCUAGGGGAAGGCUACAGCGCAGAGAAACCGUGUCAAAUCUUGGAGAUUGGUGCGGGCACUGGAGUGCUCAGCUUGCUCCUUGCUGCGUUGUCGACGGAGCAUAACGCCGCACACGUGCCGACCGAGAUCGUGGCUAGCGAUUACCACCCCACGGUGCUGUCGAACCUGAGCUCGAACUUGCUCAGCAACUUCCCGACCCAACCGCCGUGGGUGACCCUCGCCUGCGACAGGCUGGACUGGAGCGUCUUCGCCUCUUCUGAAGGGGUGAUGCCUCUGCUGGACCCUCCAUUCGACGACAAGUUCGACAUCAUCGUCGGUGCUGAUAUCGUCUAUGAGCCUGCUCACUGCGCAUGGAUCUACGCAACCGUGCGGGCGCUACUCGCCCCCGGAGGGCAGUUCCAUCUCAUCAUGCCGCAACGCAUCACGCACGAGGUGGAGACAGCGAUGGCCAGGGAGAUGUUUCGCGAGAAACCGGGAGGGCAAGUGGAGAAGGUGCUAGGGGUGACGAGAUAUAUUGAGACGGAGCGGUGGGCGGGGAAAGGACGGGCGGACGAGGUGAGAUACAUGAUUUGGCGCAUGGAAUGGGUGUGAGUGUGACUUGUUUUCUCUUAAUGCGUGGUGUACUUUUU